UGGACAUGCCGGGGCUCAUUCGCAUCCUGUCCCUGCUUUUGGUGCCGCUGCUACUGGGCUCUGAUUGCCACUUGAGUGCGGAGCUGACCUGGAAAUCUCUCCUUGGCCACUAUCCUUUCUAAGGAACUCACCUUCCAGAGUCUGCUUGCCCAGAAUAACAGGGGACCCUCUUAGGCACAGAGAAAAUGGCGAUCUUCAGACAGCUGUCCCUGGGCGGGAAGGCCGCCCUGGCUGCUGGCACUGUCUUCGUGUCCAUGAUUAUCUCCCACUCCUAUCUGGCGGGGAGUCUGGAACUCAGGGCCUGGCGUUGGGUGUCCCGCCUGCAGCUGGCCCUGUUUACCAACUCGCUCAUGUUCAUUGGUUCUCUCUACAUCUGGCGUAGUACAGUGAGCAACCUCAGCCACUCCCCGGGUGCAGAGUCGGCCUGUUUUUGGCUUUGGAAGAUGGCAGUUGUGGCAUUUCUGGCCUUGGCCCAUUCCAGUUUCUUCACCAUGCUCUUUUUAGUGGCUGAGGAGCCCUAUCUGUUCUCCUUGGCCGCCUACUCCUGCCUGGGGGCAUACAUCAUCAUGGUCUUCUUCCUCUGCACGCUCAGUGGCAUGGAGCAAGCCUACCAGCUCUUGGCCUGGCGCAGUGGUAAAGUGGUGGGUAGCCUCGAUAAGACAAGAAGGCUGAAGUUGAGGCCAGCCUUGGCGGUGGUGGUGACCACCGUGCUCAGUGUGGCUGGGCUCCUGAACGCUGCCCAGCCCCCCGCUGUGAAAACGGUGGAGGUGCCCAUCCACCAGCUGCCGCCCUCGAUGGACAACCUCAAGAUUGUGCUGCUCUCAGACAUUCACUUGGGCCCCACCGUGGGCAGGACCAAGAUGGAGAUGUUCGUGAGAAUGGUGAAUAGGCUGCACCCGGAUGUCACCGUGAUCGUGGGGGACCUCUGUGAUUCCGAAGCCUCCAUCCUCCGCACAGCCGUUGCCCCUCUGGCUCAGCUUCACUCACGCCUGGGCACCUACUUCGUCACGGGCAAUCACGAGUACUACACGUCCGACGUCAGCAACUGGUUCACGCUGCUCGAGUCCCUGCAUGUCAGGCCCCUUCACAACGAGAAUGUCAAGAUUUCUGCCACGCGGGCCCAGCCUGGUGGGAGUGAGGGUGACGACUGGAUCUGCUUGGCUGGCGUUGACGAUAUCGAGGCAGACCUCCUGCGCUACUCCGGCCACGGCAUGGAUCUCGGGAAGGCCCUGGGGGGCUGCAGCCCAGACCACACCACCAUCUUGCUAGCUCACCAGCCACUGGCUGCCAAGAGAGCCCUUCAGGCUCGGCCAGAUAUUAACCUGAUCCUUUCUGGGCACACGCACGCUGGGCAGAUCUUCCCCUUGAACGUGGCGGUCUAUCUCCUAAAUCCCUUCUUUGCUGGGCUCUACCAAGUGGCCCAGUCUACAUUUGUGUACGUCAGCCCAGGUACGGCCUACUAUGGGAUACCCAUGAGGCUGGGCAGCAGGGCAGAGAUCACAGAGCUCAUCCUGCAGCGGGUUCCCUGA